AUGGUUGACCUCUAUAAUUGUGUCAAAGGCCGAGAUGCAAUACGUGAAACACGCAUGGAAGCUGUAGCUUGGAUAGCUGUUUGUAAAGUCCAUUGUAAAUUAGAAGGGGUAUUUGUUCGAGACUGGGUCAUUGGUAAUUAUAGAGAACUGCAUCAACGUCGGAACAAUCCAAAAAGCUGGAUUCAAUAUAAACAGAAUCCUAAGGGUCAGCAGAUUCCACACAUCAUUAAAGAAAUUGUUCCGUCGGAUUUAGAUUGUCAUCUACCAUUGUACCGCUAUUUUGAUAUUGAUAAAUUUCGAGAUGAAUUAUACGAAGUCGAUAUUAUAUGUGAAGUGAUACGAGAAGAUUGGAGGUAUAUUUUACUCAUAGAUGAAAAUGCACCAACCGGUUCGCUUACGAUGGAUCUCAUUGAACCACAUGUCGCAUUGAUGCAUGAUCGUAUUGAUCUCGAUGUCAGUAAUCUUUCAUUAGAAAAAGAUUAUCUACGUGAAAUAGGUAUGCGUAUUGAUAUAACACAAUCGCCGUAUUCAAUCGAACUAGAAACAAUCGUUCAAAAUAUAAAGAAUAAAUGUUUUCAAGUUCUUCGUCCACUUGACCCCUUGGUCAAUGAUCAUGUUCAGAAAAUGAUACAGCGUCAAUGGAAGCAAGUAGGAAAACCAACUAACUACAUACCACGACCUUAUGUGAAAUAUAAUGCCGUGCUAGUACCGAUACCAUCAGCAUCAACUUUACAUCAAGCAUUGUCAGGGAAGAUAAAAGCUAUCGGGCCCAAUGUAACAAUCAUAUCGAUUGAUGAAAUAAAAAAUUCUCUGCUAGAAGAUACUUAUGAAGCGAUGAAGAAAAUUAUCGCAAGGCAAUGUAAAGGAAAUCCAAACGAAAAGAAACUCUAUUGGCACUAA